GCUCAUGAGGGUUUAGAGAGAGAGACAAAGAGAAUAUAGAAGGGCACGGACAAAAAGAUAGAAGAAGCCAAAAACAGAAGACAAUGUUCUCUCUGGACUCCAUUGCCUUUUUCUCUUGGGUACCCAAAGAAACAUGAACUGUGUAUCUUCCUGAUGUUGAUGCUGGAAGAAAAAUCAGGAGAAGAAAGCAAGCACCCAAACAGAUCGGAGUUGCAUCUUUUCUUGCAGACACUGAGCAAUAAAUUAAGAAGCCUACGUACAAAUAACACCUCAGUGCGAGAAAAUGCUGCUUAGAGAAACCAUUCGCAAAACCAAGAUCCUCUUUUGCAAUACUCUCCAAAAAUUCAAGUCUUUAUUCUUUGACAGAUAUCAAAAGCUUCCCAAGCUCCCUUCCUUCAAUCCCUGGACUCGUGGCAGCCCCAACCGAAAAGAUUAUCAAAAAGAUCAAUUCUACAUGAGUUUCUUUGAUGAAUUGGAGGCCAAUCUAGACAAGGUGAAGGAGAGUUACAGCAGUAGUAUAAUGGCUUCAAAAGAGCCCAGGAAGGGUACUGAAAAUGCACGUAGUGGAAACUUCGUGAAGUUGGCAAAGCAAAGUCCAACUGCCAAGAGCAAACAGCAGGAAAAAGAGAAGAAAACCAAUAAAGAACGUUCCCAAAUAGGCAAGAGGGAAGAGUCAUGCUCGAAGAAAACGAAUGGAGGAGAAGGCCAUGGAUUAACAGCACAAAAGAUGAAAGAUUUGGAGAUGAUGGAGGCAGGAGAUGUAGAACAAGUGCUGGACGUAGAAGAGGCGCUCCACUACUAUUCUCGCCUCACAAGUCCUGUUUAUCUAGAUCUUGUCGACAAGUUCUUCAUGGACAUUUACUCUCAACAAUUCGAAGAGGAGAGACUUGGCUCCAAUAUUAGGUUCUAGAUGACUAUACGAUCUAGUCAUGACUCAUUCACUGUGUACUCGGAUCUGUUUUUGUGUUUUUCUUUUUAAUAUCGUUUUAUUUUCUUUCAUUUCCUUCUGCAUGUAUCGUGUUCUUGGGUUUCCAGCUCUGUUGACAAUAUUUCUUAAUAAAUCAAACUUUAUUGCCAUUUGCUUGAGUUUGUCU